AUGGGCAGUACUCCGUCCGAAUCGUUCAAAGCCCGCUUACUGAGUCGCGAAAACCUCAUCACCAACACUGCUGGUAUUGCUCCCGGUUACUUACAAGCCAACUUACUCGCUCUACCAGCUGCAUACGCUAGCGAUUUCUAUGAUCUUUGUUUGCGCAACCCAGUGGCCUGUCCUCUGCUCGGGGUUACAGUCCAAGGUAACCCAAAUGUUGUUCAACCAGCGGGCUGUAUUCAGUCCGAAGACUUCGACAUGCGAACGGACUUUCCUCUGUACCGGGUCUAUCAACACGGAAAGCAAGUUGAGAGUCGCAAUGAAGUCCUGAAUGGAUGGAGUCUCGACCAUGUCGGAUUUCUGAUUGGAUGCUCAUUCUCCUUUGAAGAGGCUCUGAGGUCUGCUGGUCUGACCCCACGUCACCAUGUGACAGGGUCAAUGGUGCCGAUGUAUCGAUCACAUCUCCCACUAUUACCCGCUGGGGUGUUUACAGAUUGCAAGUGUGUCGUAUCUAUGCGACCAUACCUGCCGGAGGAGAUUGAAAGAGUACGUGCGGUAACCCGUCAAUAUCUUGUCACGCACGGUGAACCUAUCGCCUGGGGAUGGGACGGAGCUCUACAACUGGGAAUAAAUGAUCUCUCGCGUCCAGAUUUUGGCGACCCCCCAACGUUCCAAAAGGGAGAGGUCCCUGUGUUCUGGGCUUGUGGUGUGACGCCACAAGUGGCUGUUCAGGAGAUGGGCACAACGAUUGAUGGCCUGGUAUUCGCACAUGAGCCAGGGCAUAUGCUGGUGACAGACUGGCUAGUUACUGACUUGCCCAGAUUGCUGCCAGGGACGAUUUGGAAUGGCACAUCCUCGAUUAUCUGA